ACGCGUGAAGAAGGGAAUGAUGAUGAUGAUGAUGGUGGAUAGGUAGGCAACGCAUCACGCUUGAUGAUAGCUGUCGAUUUCGAACAGUUCACUAGAGCUAAUAGGUCGUACAUCACUCAAAGGUACUUGCUGUUACUAGCACUAUAGCUAGUUCCCGUUGAACGACAUCCUGGAACAUAAAAAAAUGCCGAACAUUAAGAUAUUUAGCGGUAGCUCGCAUCGGGAACUGUCUCACAAAAUCGCCGACCGUCUUGGGAUGGAACUCGGGAAGGUUGUGACCAAGAAAUUCAGCAAUCAAGAAACAUGUGUUGAGAUCGGAGAGAGUGUCCGUGGAGAGGAUGUCUACAUCGUACAGAGCGGCUGUGGGGAGAUCAAUGAUAAUCUGAUGGAGCUGCUGAUUAUGAUCAAUGCGUGUAAGAUCGCCUCGGCCUCCCGGGUCACAGCCGUCAUCCCCUGCUUCCCCUACGCACGGCAGGACAAGAAGGACAAGGUGGGGAGUCGGGCGCCCAUCUCAGCCAAGCUCGUGGCUAACAUGCUGUCUGUGUCUGGGGCUGACCACAUCAUCACUAUGGACCUGCAUGCCUCACAGAUCCAGGGUUUCUUCGACAUCCCGGUGGAUAACCUGUAUGCUGAGCCUGCUGUACUGAAGUGGAUCAAGGAGAACAUCGCAGAGUGGAAGACCUGCACUAUCGUCUCUCCAGACGCAGGGGGUGCCAAGAGAGUGACGUCCAUAGCAGACAGGCUCAACGUGGACUUUGCUCUGAUUCACAAAGAGAGAAAGAGGGCCAACGAGGUGGAUCGCAUGGUGCUGGUCGGGGACGUCACGGACCGGGUAGCCAUCUUGGUGGAUGACAUGGCAGACACCUGUGGUACUAUCUGCCACGCGGCCGACAAGCUGAUCUCAGCUGGUGCUACCAAGGUGUAUGCCAUCCUGACCCACGGUAUCUUCUCUGGCCCGGCCAUCUCCCGCAUCAACAACGCCUGCUUCGAGGCCGUGGUCGUCACCAACACUAUCCCUCAGGAGGAGAAGAUGAAGACCUGUCCUAAGAUACAGGUGAUUGACAUCUCUAUGAUCCUGGCGGAGGCCAUCCGCAGGACCCACAACGGGGAAUCUGUCUCCUACCUCUUCAGCCACGUCCCCUUGUAACGCCACACACACCGCCUCAAACACACACACACACACACUGAGUCACCUGGGGCACUGUUCAGGAGGACACAACACCACAGAACUUUCAGAUAGAACAGACAUGGCCAUCUCUCAUGCAGAAUAGGGAAUUUGGGGAAUAGAUAUAAUCGUCUUUUAGGUAGAAUAAGGAAUGCAGAGUCGGAUCUUCAUUCCAUUUCUAUGCCCAGUAUUCUGGAAUGUUUUUCAUCACUGAAUAGAAUCCAGCCCUAGUGUUCUGUUAUGCCAAACAGAGGAACAGAGGGAAUGUCCUAUACAAACACCAGGGUUGGGCUCGAUUCUAUUUCAAUACCAGUCAAUUCAAGAAGUACACUGACAUUCCAAUUCUCUUCAAUGAUUUUGAAUUAGGAAAAUGUGGAAUUGGAUUUGGGUUUACUUUCUGAAUUGACUGAGAUUGAAAUGGAAUUGUCACCAACCGGGGGAAUCACAAUAGAGGUCGACCGAUUAUGAUUUUUCAACGCCGAUACCGUUUAUUGGAGGACCAAAAAAGCCGAUUAUUUUAUUAUAAUUUUUUUUACAACAAUACUGAAUGAACACUUAUUUUAACUUAAUAUAAUACAUCAAUAAAAUCAAUUUAGACUCAAAUAAAUAAUGAAACAUGUUCAAUUUGGUUUAAAUAAUGCAAAAACAAAG